AUGGAUGAACUCAUCAAUAAUAUAAUGAUUCUAUUCAGCAAUGAAACAGACAAUCAUGCUAAAUAUGAAGCAAAUAUAUGCAUUAUGGAUUGGUUACUUUCAGAUCAAGCUUUUGAACAAAUUUUAAUAAUAUUGCAAUCAGAAUACCCAUUGCCAGUCUAUAACACUGUCAUAUCUGGUAUUAAAUCAACAAUUAAAUAUCGAUUACACCGUAUUGCACAAGAAUUACGAAUUCCUUUGAUACAAAUUUUGAUAAAUUUUCUCGACAAAACGACAGAAGGUCUUGACAAUUUAGUCAUUAACUGCAUUGCAGGAUUGUACUUGCUAACACCUGAUAGUCCUCCUCUUAUUUCAUUAUUUUCAGAAAAAAAUCAACAUAUUUACGCAGUUGUUAAUGAAGUUUGCAUAAACUAUAUUCAAGCAAUAUAUAGACCUUACGAUCUUGCUGAACUUGCAGCUGAAAAACUGAAAGAAACCAUUCAAUCAUUCAUUCCUUUGUUUUCAGAGUCAGAAGUGAACAAAAACUGGAUAGAAGUCGCCUCUAAUAUGAUUUUAGCCUAUGAUCAGUUCGGAGAAUUCAUUUUCAUGAUAGAAAAAAUUAAUAACAGUAUAAAUUCAGAAAUUGAUAUCCAAUCGAUCAUUAAUUUCGUUUACAAUGCAAGUACUCUUGAUCCAUCGCAUGAUGACGAACAGAAAUUCAUUUAUUUAAUUUUUGAAUUGACAAAAAAUGUAAUUGAAUUUUUAGUUUCAAAUGAAACGAAAUAUUCAACAUACCAUAAUAUAAUAACUCUAAUUAAUUUCUUUCUUUGGUCGAGAUGUGAUUUAUUUUCCAAAUCAGAAGAUUUUUUUAAUUUUUUAGUCAAAAUUUUAGAAUUUAUACCAGAAAACUACACAACAGAUAAUGAAGAUGACUAUUCAUUGUUUUUAGAGCAUUACACAUCAAAAAUUGACGAAAUGGCAUCAGAAAAUGAAGAAUUUCGACAAUUAUCACAACCUUUGUUUAUUGUUUGCAUAAAUUCAGUUGAUAAUGGAUACCCUCAUAACAAAAUCAACAAUUUAUUUCAAAGAAUUUGGAAAAUUUCACCUGAAUUAUGUUUUGAAGUUCUAGAAAACGCUGAAAUAUCAGAUGGCAUGUUAGCCGCAGCCUCAUAUAUAGGAUCGCAUCUGUUACCAGUCGAAAUCAAAACUUUAAUCUGUCAAAAAUUAAUUCAAUGUCAAAAUUUUCCAAUUUUGUCACUUUUAUUUAUUCAAAACAUCGGAUUUGAAAUGACUGAUUAUCUAAAUGAGUUUAUAACUAUAUCCUCGAUGUUUAUAGAUGUUGACCAGAAAAAUAGUCUCAAGGCUUUCGCCCAUAUUAUAUCGAGAAAUGUCAAUUUAUUUAAAGAUCAAAAUUUGGAAAUUUUGAUGCCAUUUUUGAAUACUUUACAAAACGGUUUUGAACCUUAUUUGAUAAUUUCAUUAAUUUCAAUAAUGAAUGUUAAUUAUAAUACUGAUAUAUUAACAAUGAUUUAUGAUUCUAUUUCAUCAACAAUUGAAAAUAUUUUGAAAACAAAUGAUGAAAAUUUAAUUAAAGAAUUAUUGACGUCGUUAUGUGUUCUAAGUAGUUAUUUAAAGGAUUUAAAGGUCGAAGAUAAUGUUCAUCAGUUCGUUGUUAGUACUUUUGACAUGGUUUUUGAUGAAAUUGAAAAUGUAACUGUAAUUAAUGAUGAUUUUGUGCAGGAUAGGGUAUAUAAUUUCAUUUAUUUAACACUUUCUGCAAAUAAUAUUAGUAAUAUUGAUAAGAUAUGUCAAUAUUUUUAUUAUAUUCUUGAAAAUGGAAUAAUUCAAUAUUAUCAUUUUCAAAUUUUACCUCUUUUGAAGAGUUCUUUUGAUCAUAAUAUCAUUAGACAGUAUUGUGACAACUAUGACUUCUCUGAUCCUAUGAUAUCUGUUUCUAUUUUUAAAGUUAUGUCUAUGAUGGCAAAUAAUUAUGAUACUGAUCUUUGGUCAUUGUUUGGAUUCUCUUUUCCUGUGAGAGGUUUGUAUGCAAAUGACGCGAAAAUACAGAAAUACGCUUUUGCUUUCAUUUGUCGAAGUAUUAAAAUCGAAAAGCCUCAAGAAUUUAUUAAUGACGCAAUUGAUGCAAUUAACUUUCUUAUUGAUAAUGGAUCUUAUAUCGAUAAUAUAGAAGAAUACGGGAGGAAGGUAAUUAAUAUGUUGAAUACAUCCCGUACUUAA